AUGAAUGAAAAAUCUGUCAUAAAUAAUGCAGUUUUUGGCGAUAUUCUUGAUUGGUUUCAAUUUUUAGAAUCGAAUGAUAUGCUUUCUUCUGAAGAUAUAAGUCAAACUGACUUUUUCUCGGUAAAAAGAACUAUCAUGCUCGGUACAACAGCUACUAAAAAUCUUGAAAAAUUAUUGCUUGAACAAAAAGAUGCGAUUGAGAAUAUUCUAAAAUCACAACCUGUGUCUGCGGUGGGACCUAAUUUUCGACAAGGUUACUCCAUACCAUGUAUUGCCUGUUAUGUUUCUAAAUUGCUUGAAGCCCAAGUUUUAGAAAAUCUUUCGGCAAUGUUUGAUGAUAGAUUUGAAAUUGAAGAAUAG